AGCACUAGCCAGCGCUCUUCCGCUAUACCAGCCUCGCCAUGCUCCUCAUGUUUACAAAUUGCUAUGUGUCAUUUAGUGUCAAAUUAAAUAUACUUUACAGUUUUUCCAAGAGUGAGGUGAGCUUUUAUACUCAUAAAAUUACCACCACACCGGUUUGAGCUUCGUUAGCCUAGCCGUGCCACCACCAUCCAGUCUCCAGUCAAUCAAACCCGGGGUAUGUGGAGGAAUAGCGCCUUAAAACUAAACUACCCCCCGAAUUUCGUGCCGCUUGUCAGGCUUGGAGGGAAUGCGGCUGCGCUACUUCGCUACACGACCCGAAACAAUCCCAAGCCCCACAGCUGGACCAUGGCGUGUGCGAGUGGGACAUUCGCCAGUGAGAAGGGGAGAGCCCGCGUCAAGAGAGUGUCUAUAGAGGGCAACAUCGCUGUUGGGAAGUCCACCUUUGCCCGCCUGCUGCAGUCAGCCUGUCCAGACUGGGAGGUGGUGCCAGAGCCAGUUGCUAAAUGGCAGAACAUCCAGAGUGGAGCUUCUGGGAGGGGCUCUGAGUGUACCGUGAAUAACCUGCUGCAGAUGAUGUAUGCAAACCCCCAGCGCUGGUCCUACACAUUCCAGACCCACUCGUGCAUGAGCCGCAUGAGGACACAGCUGCAGCCCCCAAACCCUCGCUUCCUCCAGACACAGGGAAGUACUGUACAGCUGUACGAGAGGUCCAUCUACAGUGACAGGUACAUUUUUGCUCUGAACUCCUUUGAGCUGGGCUCUAUCAACUCCACUGAAUGGACCAUCUACCAGGACUGGCACACCCUGCUGGUGCAGGAGUUUGGCAACAGGGUGGCGCUAGAGGGCAUCAUCUACCUACAAGCCCCUCCACAGACGUGUAUGGAGCGUCUAAAGAUCCGGGCCAGGCCAGAGGAGCAGGCUGUACAGCAAGACUAUCUGGACAAACUGCACGCUCAGCACGAGAGGUGGCUGCUGGAUAAGAGCACAGAGGUCCAUUUUGAGCCUCUGCGCAGGGCCCCUGUGCUGUUGCUGGAUGCCAGCGUGGAGUUCAAGACUGACCUGCAGGUUCAACAGGACUACAUCUCUAAGGUGAAGGAGUUCUUCAGCUCUUUAGAAGAUGGGGCAAGCACAUAGUACACAGCUGAUGAAGAUACCGAACAAGUAUAAUAAGCUCCUCCUCAGACUGUACACCUGUCUGACACGUUACUGCUUUUACUUGGUGUAUGCACAUGUGACAUGCUACACAUUUAUUUAGAUGCUUUACUGAAUGUUCAGUGAAAGCUGUACUCUGAAGACCCAUCAAUACUGACCUCACUGUUAGACCAAGUUACAUUUGUAAAUUAUGCAG